CACUGCAGAGGUGUUGGAGGAAGUCAGUUGCACGGGGGAUAUGGCAUAGGGCUCUCGUGUAGACACUCCGUCGGGCCGUCCGUUCUUGGAAGGCAGUGGCCGGGUCCGAUACGAGAGCAUCCACCCCCACUCUCGUCAUAGCAUCCAUUUAUUCAGCCACUUGCUGUGCAACCAGACCAGUUCCAUCGUCACACAAACCAAGCACAAUGUCGAGCAAGACUAUCAUCGUUACCGGUGCCUCUCGAGGAAUCGGCCUCGCCAUCACGAAAUACCUCCUCACCGCACCCCAAUCCCACAAUGUUGUCGUGAUCGCUCGUAGUCGCGAACCCCUCGAGAAGCUCAAGGAGCAAUACAGCAAGCAGGUCGAAGUGCUCAAUGGAGACCUGGCUGAUUUCUCCCUUGGUCAGAAGGCCGUGGACCUGGCUCUCAAGUCCUUUGGCCGUCUGGACGGCAUGGUCCUCAACCACGGCAUGCUCGGACAAGUAGGCAAGGUCAAGGAUGCCGAUUUCGCGCAAUGGAAGCACGCGUUUGACGUGAACUUUAUCAGUCUUACUGCUUUCAUCAAAGCCGGUCUUCCCGCCCUCCGUGAAUCCAAGGGAAAAAUCAUCUUCACUUCGUCGGGCGCUGCCGUCACGGCUUAUAGAGGAUGGGCUCUUUACGGUGCGACCAAGGCCGCCAUGAACCACCUCGCUUUGAGCUUGGGAGAGGAAGAACCCGAGGUUACUACGAUUUCUAUUCGGCCUGGCAUGGUUGACACCGAGAUGCAGCGGGAGCUGCGUGAGGACCACGCUACGACUCUGGAGCCGCAGAUGCAUGCCAAGUUUACGACGGUCCACAAGGAUGGCAAGCUCCUCAAGCCAGAGCAGCCCGGUCAUGUUAUGGCCAAGCUGGUGUUGGACGCUCCUAACGAGCUUACUGGGAAGUUCUUCACGUGGAACGACAAGGCUCUCGAGGCGUUCCAGGAGUAGAUUACAACUAGAUGAUUCUUAUGAAGACAGUCAGUAUAUACCGUCAACAAGACUCAAUAUAGAACAUAUUGCGAAAUAGAAUACAAAUCAGCCGAAAGAUGAAAAGCAGGUUACAUUUCUGAAGCAUUAGGCGUAAGCCUUCAUAC